AUGCCUCCUGAAGGAGCAACUGAAGCCGAAGUAAAGGCUGUCGAGCGGCGUUUUCAGAUACGGUCGCGUGUGGCCGACGUUCUUCAUCCCCGCUAUGACACCUAUUUCAAUAUUCUGCGGUGGCUACAAUCUUACGAUUUCAACGAGCAAAAGACACUCCGCAACUUGCGAAGACAUCUGAAAUUUCGUAAAGAACGUCAUAUGGACGAGGACGCUCGUGAUCUUCAGAGCUGUGCCAUGUCCGCUGAAUAUGCCCCAAUUUCGAUCAUUGGACCUAACCGGAAAAACGGAGACCGACUGAUCGUCAUUGACCAGGGCGGUGAGUUUCCCUUUCAGCGUGUAGAAACAGUUACUUCAAAUAAGCUGUUUAUAUACGGGCUUUACUUCUGUUAUCAUACUGUAGGGUCCGUUGCCACAUCUGUCAUGAGCACAGGUAUAUUCGGAUGUUCGUUCCAAGCCGUACAUUUGCGAAUAUUGCUCAAAGAGUUAUGCAGACAGUCGCCAGUUAGCGUAUCACAUGUACAGUCACAGAGGUGA